GUCAACCGCAUCGGACCGCACCCCGCUUCUUUUCUAUUUCAGCAACGUCACCAGCUGGAAUGAGAAGGGCCUCAGCUACAUCAAGCGAGAGGGGAGCCCGCCCCAGAGGGCACAUGUCAUCGGGGUGGCGGAACAUCACCUGACGGGCAAGAAAUUAAAUGAAGCAAAGAAGAAGUUGUCCAAGCUGGGCUGGGCCACCAAGGCCAUCCCCGCCGCAGCCGCGGCAGGUCAAGGAGUGCGUGGACAUGGCGGGGUAUGGCUCCAGGUCCAGAAGCAGCUGGCUUGGAAGGGAGUUAUCGAUUUCGGCCAGGAGAGAACACAAUGGACGGCGGUGGCGGUUCGCACAGAGGGCAUGGAAGUCAUUUUCGCUGCAAUGUAUCUGGCAGUUGGCGUGGGCCUGGCUGGGCCGAACAUAGACACAAUCAAUGGCAUGGCCUCGUACGUGCGGGCCAAAGGCCACAGAGUGAUAGAUUACUGCCCGGUGUCCGAGAAGAUCAGUGGGCUGAUUAAGCUGUCAUGGGACACGGUGGGGCCAUGGGCAGCGCCGCGCUACGGCAUAGUGGGGGAACUGCUCUGUGCGCCAGAUUUAGUCAUGCAGAGGAUCCUGAGCUACCACCUGCAGAGCGUGCAGGACAGGGCAGCCAAUGGCAUGGAGCACCCGCAGCUGCGGGACAAGGCGAUGGACCCAGUCGAUUUCGUGUACAUGGAGUUCGCGCUGGCGGCGGAGGAUUUGCUGCUCAGCAGGCAGCCCGACAGGCGGCCUGCGGCUGACACCUGCAGGGGGUUCUGCCCAGAGUCGCGCCUG